AUGGUGCAAUGGCUCGGCUCAAUCACUACUCAGAGCGACUCGUCGCUGGCCGGCGUCUUUAUGAUCAACGGCGAGCCCUGGGUCUUUGAGAACCGUGGGAAGACUGCACCCCUUCAAAAGGCCCCCGCUGUCGUGAACAUCCCCUGGAAGGAGGUCGACAGCAUCCGGAACUCUCUUCGCACGCGUGAGCCUUUCCGAGCGACUGUCAGAGGAUCGACCAUGGAAAUCGUCUGGGCCAAUGGCGUGAGAAUUACAGCAAACGUUCCCCAUUCAGCGAGUUAUGGUUCAUUCUCGGGAGAAGGCGGUUGGCGGGCACAGUGA